CAACCCCCUUUUUUCUUUCUUUCUUCUCUUCUAAUCGGUAGCCGCUCCUUGCCUCCUUCAGUCUAGUCCUUCUGUUGUUCUUCCCCAAGACCCCAGCUGCCGGCCUACCACGCCACGCUCGUCAGCUGCCGGCAUACCACGCCAAGCUCGGCUCCUUCAUCGGUUCAUCUUUCUUUUCUCUCCAGCCGCCCAGCCACAGCCACGCCCGGCCUACUUCUUGAAAGUUUAGUUUUAAUCUGAUGUAGUGUCAUAUUGCCGUGCUACUGUCUUUCUGUUUUUUCUUUUGUCGGAAAGUUAUUGGCUUAGAGGAUAAAUAAUAUUUGAGCCAACAAAAAUGGUAUGGCCUUAUGCUAUAAAGGGGAAGAAGCGGAAGACGAGAGAGGAGAAAUAUGAUAGAGAAGAAGAUGAAGAAGUAGAAGUAGAAGAGAAAGAAUCAGCAAAGCGAGGUUCUAUUGAAAAACCCCAAGGAGAAGCCCCAGAUGAAGAAGAGGAAGAAGACGAAUCCGGAGCACAUGAACUUGUGGGAAUCCCAAUUGCUCCCAGUGAUCAAAAUACCAAAAAAGCUGGGGUCAUUUUUGUUCUUGAGAAGGCUUCUUUGGAAGUUGCUAAAGUUGGAAAGAGUUUCCAACUCUUGAACUCGGAUGAUCAUGCCAAUUUCUUGCGGAAAAAUAAGAAGAAUCCUGCCGAUUACAGACCUGACAUUGCUCAUCAGGCUCUUCUAGCGAUUUUAGACAGCCCGGUCAAUAAGGCUGGGAGAUUGCAAGCUGUGUACGUUAAAACAGAGAAAGGUGUACUUUUUGAAGUUAAACCUCAUGUUCGAAUUCCAAGGACAUAUAAGCGGUUCUCCGGUAUCAUAUUGCAGCUGUUACAGCAACAUAAAAUAACUGCUGUUGGUAAGCGUGAGAAUCUUUUACGACUGAUAAAGAAUCCUGCAACACAGUAUUUUCCUGUCAACUCUCGCAAAAUAGGCUUCUCAUAUAGCUCAGAGAAAUUGGUUAAAAUGAGUAAAUAUGUGGAUGCUGUUGGUGAUGAUGUGAAUCUUGUUUUUGUGGUGGGUGCGAUGGCCCAUGGGAAAAUAGAGACAGAGUAUGUAGAUGAUUUUAUAGCGAUUUCUGGUUAUCCCCUAAGUGCUGCAAUGUGCAUUGCAAGGAUUACUGAAGCUUUGGCAGAAAAGUGGAAUAUAUUGUAAACCUUGCAUGUCUCCGUCUCAAUGGUAGUGCGACACCAAGAAAUUUUGGGUAAAAAUAUCAAUGUUCAGCUUAUUCAUUAUGUUGUACAUUUAUUUAUGUUUAAAAUACAGUAGUUCGAGGGAAUUUGCCUUUUGAUUUAGGUGAUAUGCUAGCCUUAUCAAUGUGAUUGCUUCUGUAGAUCAAUGGAGUUACCCGUUAAGAAAAUUUGUAAGAUGCAAGUAUUAAAGAUAAAUAGUUUGAUGGAAAUUUUAGGAUUGGCUUCUUAGGGGUGAAGCUGAAUGUUGUCCAAGGUCUCACAAGCAUGAGUUGAGCUUCCCCGUGUAUGUUCAAGCUGGUAUCUGCGAAAUUUGAAGCCUUGAGCUUAUUUUGCUUGGUUAAAGCACAGCAAAAUACUGGGACUUUUGGUCUGAUAUAUAUUAAUAUCAAUCAAGUCCAAUAUAAUUAAGUCUGAA